UGUUCUAGGUUAUGGUAUUACCAACCUGGGAGGGGGGGAAAUUAACAAAAUUAAAAAAUAAAUAACUAAAGUGGGAGACUCAACAUUCUCCUGCUGUAUUUUAUUUUCUUGUGUUGAAGUCAGGAGAGGACUUCGACCUUUGAGUUGUUUGCAAUGACUCUCAAAUUGUAUUUGGAUUUUUUGUCGCAGCCCUCGCGGGCUUUGUAUAUUUUUUUCAAGAUUAAUAAAGUGCCUUUUGAGUUGUUUCAAGUCGCAUUGCAGAAAGGUGAACACUUUAGCGAGGAGUUUAAAACGAAUUUGAACCGUUUUCAAAAAGUGCCUUUCAUUCACGAUGCCGAUUUCAGACUCACUGAAAGUGUGGCCAUUAUUCGGUACGUUUCUAAGGUGCACAACAUCGACAACAACUGGUACCCCAAAGAGACCAAAGCCCAAGCCCGCGUUGACGAAUACCUCGAAUGGCAGCACAACAACACCAGGGCCUUCUGUGCCCUCUACUUCCAGCGAAAGUGGCUCUUUCCCAGGCUCACUGGACGAAAAACAACUCCCGAAACCAUGCAAAAAUACGAAGACAACAUGAAUACGUGUUUGGACCAAAUUCAAAAUAUUUGGUUGGCUGACACCCCUUAUUUGUGUGGAGACCGAAUUUCGGUGGCUGAUAUUUUCGCCGCUUGCGAAAUCGAACAACCAAGAAUUGCGGGAUUUGAUCCGACUGAAGGAAGACCGGUUUUAAGUGCGUGGAUUAAUCGCGUGAGGAGCGAAGCAAGCCCCUUCUACGAGGAAGCACAUGUCCUUUUGAAUAAAUUGGUACAAAAGGGGGGAAAUGCGAAAUUGUGAAGCAACUUCGCGCUUGUUUUUAAACUUGAGCUACCAUCUGUCAAGUUGUUUGAUCUACUGUGAAAAUUGUGAAUAAAUAUUUCAGUAAUUCAACGGGCUUUGUGUAAUAAUUAAACGAAUUCAAGUUUUAUUUCAA